AUAGUAAGGGUUAAAAAGGGAAAAGAAACCCUAAUAAACAAGACUAUAUUUCAACAAAAAAUAAAUUUGACCCUCCCAUGCCAUGCAGUGGUGGGAGCGUCGCCCUUUAAUUGGUUGGUGGUCCCAUAUACUAGAUCACUCCAUACUGAUGAGAGAACUCACCUUCUGAUGUAAUUAAAAUUUGAUAUAUUUCUUUUUCCUCCAAACCAAACCUUUACUCUUCAAAGGAAAUUUUUUUUACAGACAGUCAUUUACUACACUAAUAAUCUGGUAUCAAUUUAGAAAUGUGGCUACUUACCGGAAGUUUUGGCAUCAUAAUAUGAUAAUAAUUCUUAUCAUUAGCAAUUGAUUUUAAUUGGCUGGAGAUUGUGAUAAUUUCAGUGAUGAAGAAUGUGCUCUUGUUGAAAAGUUGUCUUCACUUAGGGCAGCAUCAUGCAAGGAAAAUUCAGUUAUAUCUGAUGACUCACCUAAAGCCAACCUUGACAAAGGAAACAGAAACCAUGCUUCAAGCCAUGGAAGCAAACGUGGUGCUUCUUUAUGGAGCUCAAUCAAGGACUUCUUGGGGCGAAGGCAACCCGGAAAAGGAUUUGCAUCACUUAGCACGGAGACAUCAGCAAUGUGCAGCAGGCCCCUGCCGAGUUUUCCACUCAUGAUUUCAAUAUCAACUGUUUUGAUUGUUGCAUGUGUCUUAACUUUGAUUCUUCAAUCCUUGCCCACUACACUCUCAGAUCUAAACUCCGACCGCGCCGCCCUCUUAGCCCUCAGGUCCGCCGUCGGCGGCCGCACUCUCCUCUGGAACACUGCCCAACAAUCCCCUUGCCAAUGGGCAGGUGUUGAAUGCGAGAACAACGACGUGACUGUCCUACGCCUCCCAGGAGUCUCUCUCUCCGGCCAACUACCACCCAACACUCUCGGCAACCUCACGAAUCUACGCACUCUCAGCCUCCGCUUCAACGCCCUCUCUGGCUCCCUCCCCUCAGAUUUGGCCUCUUGUACUCAACUUCGAAAUCUCUAUCUCCAAGGAAACCACUUCUCGGGUCCUUUACCGGACUUUUUGCUCACUCUUCAUGACCUUGUUAGGCUUAAUCUUGCUGGGAAUAACUUUUCUGGGGAGAUCCCAUCUGGGUUUAACAAUUUGACUCGUUUGAAGACUCUUUACCUUGAGAACAACCAGUUCUCCGGGUCAAUUCCCGAGAUUAGUGCCCCAAAACUUGCACAAUUCAAUGUGUCGUUCAAUAAUCUAAAUGGGUCUGUACCCAAGAGUCUUGACUCGAUGCCAAGUAGUGCAUUUCUUGGGAAUGUUUUAUGUGGGAAGCCUCUAGAUUCUUGUCCAGGUAAUACAACUCCUGCAGCCACGGCCGGGACUGGAGGUGGUGGGAAUGGCAAUGUGAAUCAGACUAAGAAGAAAAAUGGGUUGUCUGGUGGUGCCAUUGCGGGCAUUGUUAUUGGAUCUGUGUUGGGUUUUAUUCUGAUACUUGCGUUAUUGAUAGUUUGCUGUAGAAAGAAGGAUAGUAAGAAGGCGAGAUCGGCUGAUUUUGGGACAUUUAAGCACCCAGAAACGGAGAUCCCUGGUGAAAAGCCAAUGGAGGCAGAGAAUGGUAAUGGGUAUUCAGUUGCUUCAGCGGCUGUUGCAGCAAUGACAGCAAAUGGGAAGGGAGAGAGUGAGAAAGAAGGAACUAAAAAGUUGGUGUUUUUUGGGAAUGCUUCGAGGGUGUUUGAUUUGGAGGAUUUGUUGAGGGCUUCAGCUGAGGUUUUGGGGAAGGGGACGUUUGGGACGGCCUAUAAGGCGGUUUUGGAGGUUGGAACUGUGGUGGCUGUGAAGAGGUUGAAGGAUGUGACCAUAUCUGAGAUGGAAUUUAGGGAAAAGAUCGAUUCUGUUGGAGCUAUGGAUCAUGAGAAUUUGGUACCUCUCAGGGCUUAUUAUUAUAGCAGGGAGGAAAAGCUUCUUGUCUUUGAUUAUAUGGUCAUGGGGAGCUUGUCUGCACUUUUGCAUGGCAACAAAGGAGCUGGUAGGACACCACUGAAUUGGGAAAUCAGGUCUGGCAUUGCCCUUGGAACUGCCCGUGCCAUCGACUACCUACACUCUCAGGGCCCCAACAUCUCCCAUGGAAACAUUAAAUCAUCCAAUAUCCUCCUCACAAAGUCCUAUAAAGCCCAAGUCUCAGAUUUUGGCCUUGCCCACCUUGUUGGACCUUCGUCCACCCCCAACCGUGUUGCAGGCUAUCGUGCACCAGAAGUGACUGACCCCCGCAGAGUCUCACAAAAGGCUGAUGUUUAUAGUUUUGGGGUGCUGAUCUUAGAGCUUCUUACAGGCAAGGCACCCACACACGCCCUCUUGAAUGAAGAAGGUGUUGAUCUGCCAAGAUGGGUACAAUCCAUAGUACGAGAAGAGUGGACAUCGGAGGUUUUUGAUCUUGAACUCCUUAGGGACCAGAAUGCUGAGGAGGAAAUGGUUCAGCUCUUGCAGCUUGCGAUAGAUUGUGCAGCUCAGUACCCUGACAAGCGGCCUUCAAUGUCCGAGGUCACAAGGCGGAUCGAGGAGCUCUGUUAUUCGAGUUUGCCAGAUGAUCCACAGCCUGAUGUUGUGAAGGAAACUGACUAA